GCUGUUACGGCGCGCGCUGGAUGCUUCUGAUUGGCUGGGUGCCGGCGGGUGGGGGUACUGCAACGGGCACGCUAUAAAAACGCGACUCCGGCCGGUGAGAGCAUCAUUCGAGUUUUGCAUUCAGACGUUCGCUUACUAAGAGUAUACCAACUGAAUCAUGACUGGUCGCGGAAAGGGAGGAAAAGGAUUGGGAAAAGGAGGAGCAAAGCGUCAUAGGAAGGUUCUGCGUGAUAACAUCCAGGGUAUCACAAAGCCUGCCAUCCGUCGUCUGGCUCGUCGUGGCGGUGUGAAGCGUAUUUCUGGUUUGAUCUACGAAGAAACUCGAGGUGUACUGAAGGUGUUCCUUGAGAACGUUAUUCGUGACGCUGUAACUUACACCGAGCACGCCAAAAGGAAGACUGUGACUGCUAUGGAUGUCGUGUACGCAUUGAAGCGUCAAGGAAGAACUCUGUACGGCUUUGGCGGUUAAACGCUACUCAAAAAGUCUACACAAACGGCCCUUUUCAGGGCCACCAAAUAUUUUAAACAAGGAACCCUCUGUUUUAAUAACAUUCUAUUGGUAAAAAUUUAACCAAUUGUUGUACUUACCAACUG